ACAUACACAUACAGGCAUACUGAGACACACACACAUAUACAGACACAUGCAUAAGGAGAUACAAAUACACACACAUACAUACAGACAUACACACACACACACACACACACACAUACUGACAUACACACACAUAAAUACAUACUAAAUGCAUACAUAAUGGCAUACAUACACAAUGAUAGAUAGAUAUAUAUAUAUAUAUAUAUAUAUAUAUAUAUAUAUAUAUAUAUAUAUAUAUAUAUAUAUAUAUAUAUAUAUAUAUAUAAAAUAUAUUACACACACACACACACACACAAAUAUAUACAUACACAUACAUACUAAUAGAUAAUGUUUUGAUCCUGAUGAAAGUUCCAGAUAGGAACUGAAACGUUGAUCUUUUAAAUGGAAUUUCAAUAAACUGCAAGUUUUAAACUCAAUAAAAGUCCGAGAGUGCUGAUCACUACUUCACCAUAUGCAAUUUUUCCCUGGAUUACAAGCACCCGGCUUACAACUGUCUACAAGCGUGAGUGCAAGGAAACCCUGUAUGUUGUACUAAUAGAUAUAGAUAUAUUCAUACAUACCGACAGACAGACAUACAUGGAUUAAACACACAUAUAUACUGACAAACAGACAGACAGACAGACAUAUAUACACACACCCUCAUUUUUCAGCCACCCUCCUGUUCCUUUCCUUUUCGUUGCAGGAGGGUGGCUGGGCAUGAUGGGAGCAGAUGCCUCUCCUCGGCUGUCUCCCUCCCCCCUGCGCGGAAUAAGCUGGGUGGAAGUGACUGGCCGUCACUUCCUCCCAGCAGCACUUGCGGUGCAGCUGCAUUUUUUUUAAUUUUAUUUUUUUUAAAGGGGCCCGGUCGCGGUAUUACACGGCUGCAGCUGACCGGGCCCCUGAAGAUAUAGGGCUCAUCGGGUGGCCCUAAAUGCUUGGGCCACCUGAUGGGCCCUGGUGCAGAUGCACCUGCAGCGGUUUCGCCGCUCCACAAGGGGGGCGGCCGGGCCCGUGACAGCCGUCAUGGUUGUCACCCCCGAUGGCGGCCCUGCAGAGCUAUCUUCUAUUGUUCUUGCAAUUGCUGUAAGCAAGUGUUGAGUCUUUUCCAGCACGGGCAUUUGGUACAAGAUUAACCCCUUAAGGACACAUAACAUGUGUGACAUGUCAUGAUUCCCUUUUAUUCCAGAAGUUUGGCCCUUAAGGGGUUAAACUAAACGGACAGUCUUCACACAGAUGCACACAAUAACAGCAGUCUUCAUUUUACCGAACACUUCGAUUAUACAGAUUUUGAUGAUCCAGAUGCCGCUGACUUUUUUUUUUUUUAUCUGGAUCUUGCAAUUCAACUGUUUCUAAACUAAAUUUAAAAAAUUCAGUUACAAAAAUGUUGGAACAUCAUACCUCCCCACUACAAACUUUGAACCCCAGGUGUAUAGCAAAACAAGGCCUCCUCUUUUAUCAGCCUGUUUCAUCUCAGUAGCGUUGUCUCUGUGUAAUUUUUUUGUUUUCUUUUUUUCUAGAAUUGAAUUUUUCUUUUAGUAUACUUUACGGUAUUUAUGUUCUCUAAAAAAAUAUAUAUUUAUAUAUUUUUUUAUUUUUUUUUUUUUCAAAUAUCUCUAGUGCACCUGAUUUGAAAUGUUAUGGAUAUAAUGUAGAUUUCUUUUUUCAAAGGGUUCUUACAUAAAUGUUAACCUUUUCUUUAUACCACUCUUUAUUUCUGUUCUUUUGCUUAAAUAAAAACAUUUUAGUGUUGCAUUCUCCACAAAUGUUUAUAUCGGUAAGGCAUAUAAGGGAUUGAACGUCUUUGUUGAAGCAAAUUUGUAAUCCUUUGUUUAACACUCUUAACCCCUUAAAGGGAUUCUCUGUUUGUUUUCCUGGCACUAGAGAAUCCUGGAGUGCCCCCUUCCCUCCCGCCCCCAUCCCAUGUCGCUGAAGGGGUUAAACUCCUUCAGAUACUUACCUGAAUCCAGCGCCGAUGUCCCUCGACGCUGGGUCUGGCUCCACCCACUCUCCAACGUCUGCCAGCAGUUUUAUAAAAACUGCAAUAAUUACACUUGCAGGGUUAGGAGUGAUGGGAGUUGGCACCCAGACCACUUCAAUGAGCCCAAGUGGUCUGGGUGCCUACAGUGUCCCUUUAACCCCUUAAGGAUUGCAGGCAUGCUACCCAGCGGGCGGCAUAUUACGUCCCCGUUGUCCAGGGGACUUACUUUAUCGCUGGCAUCCCAGGGUGUCCCCCUUCUAAUCCGGCCGUCCUGGGCCAUGUGAACCCGAGGUCCUUGUUAGAUAUAGAUAUAUACAUAUAUUCUAAAUACACGUAGAAUAUUUUAUUAUAUAUAUGUCCAAAGAGGUAGCUGCACUCACGGAUUUUAAAAGUCCAAUCUUUAUUUGCCAAAAUUAAAAAAAACGAUCAAUAUUUCAGUCCUACAUAGAGGACAUUCUUUAGGAUCAAUAUAAGCAUGCAAUAAACAUUUAAAGCUUUUGUAGACUAGGAUAUUAACUAAACUGACUUACCAGGUGAAGUGAGUCCCUGACCGGUGCUCAACCGCGCUCAGUGCGCCAGCGCUACCAAGCUCCGCCCCCACGUACCACCGUGACGUGCUGACGUCUUGUUAGUUUCCAUAGUGACGCGGGUAUAUACAGCGUCACUAUGGGAAUACAAAACAUAAGUGCCGUGAAUGAAUAUAUUACUACACGGUCAAGGGAUCUAUACAGUGAUAGAGAAAGGAUGAAUCUAAUGAAGAUACAAAGUGCUAAAGUGCAGAAAGGAAUGUACAAUAAUACAUAGAAGCUUUACAGUUGCCAACUGAUAGGCAUAGAUUAAGGUGUAGCCUUAAAGUGACAGGCCUUAAUAUAACUAUGUGAUAAAUGUUGAAACACCAAAGGGUGUUGUUCCAUAUUAAAGUGAUAUGUGCAAUUAAUACAAAGUGCUGGUGGUAUGGUGAUAGCUGGUGCCAACAUGUGAAGAAAAGACUGAAAAAUCACUUAAUUAUAAGGAAUUAUCAAAUAAACAUGUACAUAUCAAUUCUGGUGUGUAAAAGUAAAUGUUAUUUAUCUAGGAUAUGUUACUAAUGUAAACAGUGCAAGGAGAAAACAAUAGACAUAUCUUGACAUAAUAUCGAUAUGUAUAAGAUGUUUCUAGAAUAGUAUGUAGUGACAAAAGUGUCAUUAAAUGUUAUGAUUAUUAAGAUUAGAAUUAUGCCCUUAUGACUACAUAAGUAUUGACCCAAUAGCUACAUUUUCUUGUAGCCUUCGAUAUUAUCAUAAAAUAACAUUAAACAAUAUAACCUAAAAUUCAAGCUGGAAAAAUAUACAUAAAAAUAUAAGUGAAAAAAAAAAAUUCUAGAAAAAUAUUAAUAAAAACUAAUGGAAGGAGUCUCUUUCAUUCCUCUGGGAGACAGGGUAUCCAAUUCGUAGAUCCAGAACAUUUUUCUGUUCAAUAAUGUUCAAUAAUGUCUUCCCACAGUCUCCAGCUCUUCAUGAUACAGGAACAUGGUCAAUAGCUAAAAAUUUCAGAUAGGCCAGCGGAUGCUUAUGUUCUAAAAAAUGUUUAGUCACUGGCUUGUCGGUUGUCCCAUCUCUGUAUGCCAGUCUGAUGCUGGACCGGUGUCCCCUAAUCCUUUCAGACCAAGCCGUCUCCGUUUUGCAAUGUUUUGUGGACCCACGACAUACUUGAAAACGAGAGAAAUCUCAACGUAUCUUUCCUGGUAAAUAUUUUAAAAAAUAACCCAGGCAGAAAGUCCAGUGAAUUUAAUUUGCUAGCACUAUAUUUAACCCUGCAACUUUCCAAGACACCUUAAAACCUCUACAUGGGGGGGAGGGGGGGGUACUGUUUUACUCUGGAGACUUCGUUAAACACAAAUAUUAGUGUUUCAAAACAGUAAAAUGAAUUACAAUGAUGAUCUCUUCAUUGAAAGUGACUUUUUUGCAUUUUUCACACACAAGCGGCACUUACACUGACAAUAUUGUUGUCAUACGGUUUUGGUUUUGAAACUCUAAUAUUUGUGUUCAGCAAAGUCUUCUGUGUAUAACAGUACCCCUCAUGUACGUGUGUAUAUAUUUUGCAAUUAUUUAUAUUAAUUUAUUCAUAGAUAUAUAGAAUGUCAUUCUAAGUGUAUUUUGUUACACACACACACACACACACACACACACACACAUAGAAUUUAUUUUUUUUGUGUGUUACUUUAGAUUUUUUUAUUUUACUUUUUUCACCACAGGUGGACUGACAGUCCCCCUGCAGGCAGAUUUUAAAAAGGCAGCUAUUGGGACUCACAUGGCACACGGGGGCCUGAUUUGCAGUGGAAGUACUGUCUGGGCUGUCAGGCAGUCCUCCCGAAAGCGAAUUGCCAGAAAGGUCCAUAUCAUUGGCGAUCCAGGGCUCAAUGGCUUUAAAGCCCAUUUAAAGCGGGACGGCAUAGAACGGCGUUAAGGGGUUAAUUGUGUAAUGCGUUCUUUUGGAUGUUAAAAUGCCUGUGUGAUCUUCUUGUUCAUUAUCUGUUUUUUGUUUUUUUGUCUUCUUCCUGACCUUCAUCCUAUAAGAUUAUUUUCAACUUUUUAUCUGCAGUUUUACAGGAUUAUUUGUACAAUGUAAGGAACCCAUUUGUACCUGAUUUAUAAGGCGUUAUAUGGGUUAUGAUUCCCCUUUCAUUUCAUAAAGAGGUUGAGCCAUAUAUUUGCGUACAUCUCUAAUGAAUAGAAUGAAGAGAGGAAGAGAACCUUACAGAAUGUGUGCAAGAAAAUUUGUAUACAAGGUGUUACCUUUUGAUGCUCCAAUUUCUUUUUAGCAAAUUUCUUCAUAAUCUGGGUCAGACGAGGCAAAUCCAAGGCAACACAUUGCAAAUGAGGAGUGGAUAUAGAAAAAUGUGCCUGCUCUGUAGGUUUUCCCCAUGCGGUUUGCUGGGUGCAAAGUAUAUAGAUAUAGUGAUUGUAAGGUCGUUCAGAUGGAGGCUUCCAUUUGCCGGAUAGAGAGAGAUGGAUUUAUAAAUUUAAUCCUAUUUUUCAUACCUUACAAUAGCUAUUUGUUAAAUAUAUAUUGAUAACUGACCAGUGUUAAAAUCCCAGGAAGUGUAUGUAAUCAUUUGAAAACAUAAUCAAUAUAGCUCAUCCCAUGCCUGUUUUUUUUUUUUUCAGUUUAUUUAGAGGAUCUCAAAAGGCAGCAUAUUAUUUGUAUUUACACAUUUUGGUGUGCCAGCUAAUUCAUACAUUCUUGCUAAGUUUGCUCGACUUAUGUAAACUAUGACUAAUUUGUAAAUGUCUGAGUAUAUUUUUAGAAAAUGUUAAAAUAUCAUCAUAAACGAGGUUUCCUAAUUUUUAAUAGGUAAGCCAGCUAUUGCCCAUAGAGAUUUAAAAUCAAAAAAUAUAUUGGUUAAGAAGAAUGGAACCUGCUGCAUUGCUGACCUUGGACUUGCAGUCAGACACGAUUCUGCCACAGAUACUAUUGACAUUGCACCAAAUCACAGAGUGGGAACAAAAAGGUAUGUAUAUUACUUUAAUUAUCUGCAGUAGGUUUAAAAAAUGUUUUAAUUAUGUUCUUGGUAGGCUUUAUUAAUAUUGUUUGAGGUUACCAACUCCUAUCCUUCAGACAGUUUUCGUAUAUUUAGAUUCAGUUAAUUACCGGGAGCCCAUAAUGAGUAAACAAGGCUUGGUCAUGGUGAGAAAUAGAUUGCCUGGGUUCCAGCUCAAUUUCAGCAACUACGUGAUUACAGGAAAACUGUACUACUCAUACUUUUAAGUGCAUUAGUGUUUCCAGCCCACCACCUCAAUGUUAUGCAGUAUAUUGUACUGCUAAAUAUUGAAUGUUAGUUGAGUGGAAUCUGUUUCUCUGUUUCCAUUCACUGUACUCCCAAUUUGUAUCAGAAUUUGGGUAGAGAUAAGAAGCUCUGACAGUUUGAAAAUUAAUUAUAAUAUGUUAUAGCCUCAUAAAAAAAAUUAGAUCGUAAGACACAAUGCUCUCGUGGGCAGGGAGAGUUAAUGCAGUAAAAAUGAUGGCCUUACCUAAACUACUGUAUUUAUUCCGAAUGUUGUUUAUAGAUAUUCCAAAAACUUUUUGUAAAAAAGCUCAAGCGAUAAUUAACAGCUGUAUCUGGGAGAACAAGAGAGCGAGAGUAGCGAAACAUACCCUAUACAGACCGUUCCAGAUGGGAGGGAUAGGGGUACCGCACGUGGCCACCUAUCGCUUAGCAGCCAUACUAACCCAAGCAGUAAAUCUCUAUGCAGAUACUGGACAAUUACUUUGGGUCGACAUGGAACGCAAAAAAUUGCCUAGCGAGGCUCUCCUGGAGUGUAUGUGGCCCCCACCAAUCAAACGAGGGAAAACACGCACCCUCUUUUCCACAACAAAACUGACCGCACAUAUGUGGGAUAGGUUUGGAGCCAUUCAAUCUAAAACUCCUAGAUUCCAUAGACUGGCUCCAUUAAGUGUCAUGUCCACGGUUUUACCAUGGCUCCCACUAUCUAAGUGGGCAGAAGCAGGCAUCACCAAAAUCUCCCAAUUACUUACAGGUAAUGAAAUCAUUCCUUUUGCGGAGCUCCAACAGAAGUACAGUUUAGCCCCUAGAUAUGUAUUCCCCUACCUACAAAUUAAGAGUGCACUACUAGAGCACGUAGAUAGGGCUACUGAGUGCAGUGAUGGGGAACCAAGUCAGAAAUGCAAUCUUCUUCAGACGUGUUGGAAACACCCCCUCAGACCUAAGUUACUCUCAGUGUUACAAAGCGAUAUCUAACUACGCAACAUCCCCAUGUCUGUCAUUUAUGUCCCAGUGGGAGAGGGAAAGCGAGAAGACUCUUACCCCCCUCAAUUUGCUAAUGCUGGUCAAUGCACUGGCUGGACAUACUGCGUGUUAUUCUCACGUAGAGGCCCAUAGAAAGCUGAUGUACCGAUGGUAUCUGACACCGGACAGGCUUAAUAAAAUGUCGGACACAAAGAGGCACGAUAUGGUGGGGAUGUGACCUUAUUCAACCAUUGUGGCUAGAGGUUAUUGAGCUGCUUAACAGAGUGGGUAUCAACCUCCCAAAGGAGUUUGAAGCCUGUCCAUGGUUGGACCUUCCCGCCAAUUGGACGAAGCAAGAGAAGGCGCUGGCCACACAAGUAAUAUUAGCAGCUAGGGCUCUUAUAGCGAUUAAUUGGAAAUCAGCCAAAUGCCCUUCUGCAGCGAACCUUAUGGACAAAGUCCGACUAAAUUAUGUGUAUGAAAUUUACUCUGCGAUAACCACCAGCCAAAAAUAUGUUAUCCCAAAUCUGGGAACCACGGUGCCGCCAAUACCAAUUUCAGCCUCCGUACCUCACAUCAACUGGACUGUGAUCCAGAUCAAACACUAGCUUGUUGAUCAAAAAAAUAAAAUAAAUAUUCCUUGUCCCCCUGCCCUAGUCCCUACCACCGCUUAUGAUGAAGGCCAUAGAAGCCCGGAUAGGAGUGGGAUAGCAUGCAGUUUUUCCCCUCAAAGUUUGAUUGUUUUUCUAGGUCUCUUACUUUUUCUUGUUCAGGGAUCACCAAGCCGAGAGAUAACCUUGGAAAAUGCACGAUACUUCACAGGGCACCACCCUUAAAGGGAGACUCAAGCGGCACUAACUAUGUACACAGGGAGACCCACCUCAGUAGAUAGACAGGGUGAUAUGCUACAGCACAGAGUUCACAAUACCUUGAAUCCUUCCGAGUGCCCAACAGUGUCAGUAUAGGCAAAAGAUAGGCUAACCACAGAAAAUAGGUAAUGAGAUGUCUAGAGCAUUGCCCCAACCAGCACGUAAGGGGCUGACUUUUACACUGCUUUAGCUACGGGACACACAUAGAGGUUGAAGGGCGGUGAAGUAGGCAAUGCACGCUCUGACAUGAGGUGAGUAAAGAACACUCUCUGCCCAAAAGACAACACACACAGAAAUUAUGUAAUCGACUUGUAAUGGUGAAUGUUGUUUAAUGUAUCAGAUCCCCUGUGAUGUAACCCUGAACUCCUUAACCUCCCCUCUUUUAUUCUGUACCCCUUCUUUUCUUUUGUUAUUGAAAACAAACUCAAUUAUAAAAAAAAAAAAAAAAAAAUUACAGAUAGUUUGGAUAAUUUCUUCAAAAUGCUCUUGAUCAGGGGUUCCCAACCCAAUCUUCAAGAAAUCCAUAACCGAACAGGAUAUAAGGAUUACCAUAUUGUGUCUAAAGUGUUUUUUUUUCCUAAAAACACUUUGGACACAACUGGGUAAUCCCUAAAUCCUAGACUGUUAGUCGGUACUUGAGGACCGGGUUGAGAACCACUGCUCUAGAUAAUCUGAACUUUUCUCUUUAAAGAGGAAACUUCAGUAACCAAACAACCUUCAUACAUUUCAUAGCAUGUGACCCCAAAUAAUUUGACCAGGAAGUGCUUAAUCCAGGACAUGUAACGCCUGAGCAUAUAUUGAAAAUUCUGAUCUUCUUGAGUUUCUUAGAGGCAAACAUCCUAAAAAAAAAAAACAUACAAUAGUGAAUGAAUCCCUAAAUAUAUAGGUGCUACUAUCAUCUUUGUGGGCCACACAAACCACAACAGAAAAUAAGUGACAAAUAACAAAUAUCAAGUUGGUGAGAGCACAUAAAAUAAGAAAAUACUACCCACACUGCAGUCAAUCAAUCUGGAAAAAACAAAUAAGAGAGACAUAGGGUAGUAUAGUCUAGUACAAUCAAUUAAAUGUAGGUGUCAAUCUCACUCACAUAGAGAGAGCCACUUAAUUAGCUGGCUCAAACUGAAUGCCUUGAAUACACAGCAGGACCUCCUUUGGGAACUUCUAAUUUCUUGAUGUGUAAAACCUCCAGGAUGCAGAAUAGCAGGGGGUAAAAACACUUUAUUCUUCAAAAGAUCUUGAAGUAAAUAAAAACAUAAAUAUAUGAAAAAUUAAGUCCCAAAAUAAGAGUCCAGUCACUUGACGCAUUUCAGCUGUUUGCCUUCAUCCGAAGUGAUGUCAGUAUCCAAGGCAUCUCGAUUAAAAUACUUAAAUUUGGCGCCCUUUCCUUCCUCCAUUGAAGUUGCAUCCUAAGAUUGACACCUACAUUUAAUUGAUUGUACUAGACUAUACUACCCUAUGUCUCUCUUAUUUGUUUUUUUCCAGAUUGAUUGACUGCAGUGUGGGUAGUAUUUUCUUAUUUUGUGUGCUCUCACCAACUUGCUAUUUGUUAUUUUUCAUCCUAAAAAAUUGCGACUUCACACGUAAAAGCCAAAUGGCUUACCUAUAGGGAUAUUUUACCUGCAAUGUGGCAUGUCCCCAGAAUGUGUUUGAGAGUGGUUACUUGCCAGCUGUGAGAUUAAAUCCAUUAAGACGAGGAUUGGGGAGUGUCCCUGUGUAGAUGCAUGAAUUUGAGAAGGGAGAUAUUAAUCCUACUUAGAAUAGCAUAUACAAACUAAAUGGAAUUUAGAACAAUUACUCCCUUUUUGGUAUUGUGUAUCAGCCUAGCUGCUCCCAGUAAUUGUUGCUGAUGUAACUGUAAGAGCACAUGUCUUGGGUAUUUUGGUUUCUAUUUCGAUUGCUUACUGCUUUACAGUGUGUCGAUAAUUACUGUCCUUGUACUAAAAUCUAAAACUACACAAUGAAUUAAAACAUACUUCUCUGUCUAGACACAGUUCAAUCUAGAUAACAUUCUUUUGACACUGACAAAUGGUCAACUUUAGUGAUUUGUUUGUUUUCUGUUGAAAAUUAGCAUGACUUGUGUACAGCAGGGGAUGGAGAGUUCAUAUAAGCUUUGUAGCCUUUCUUGUAGCUACAGGUACCAGGUUUUUUUUUUUUUGGUUUUUUUUUAAAUCACAUUCUAAAUAUGCCCACGAGUUCCAGACUAUAAAAUUAGAAUUAUAUUCAGAAAUGAGCUUUACAUCCUUUAAUUGCCAUUUAGUAGUACCAUUAGCCAUAAAUGUGUUCUAAACUAGAACAACUUUAGAGAAGUCAAAAUGAAUAACAUUUUUGGCUUAUCUUCCUUUCUGAGAAAGCAUCAAUGUUUUUCAUGACGGAAGCUGCUCAUAGCUGGGUAUGGUACGCAUGUGGCUUCAGUACAAGCUCUCUAGUUGAAAUAUUAAGACAAAUUAAAUUUCUACAUCGAUGAUAUAGAUUUAUGGCUGCCUUAGGCCCAGCCAAGUGUGAAUAUGUGCACUACCUCACAUUUUCACCUAGCUUACAUAAUACAUACAUAGAGUCACACACAGUCUUAUACAUAGAUCCACAAUCACAUAUGUAUAGGGUUUUGGAAAAUAAAGUUAAUGUUCGCAAAGUGUGGUAAGGAAAGAAGACUGAAGCCUCAGUGUUCCUGGACAAUGGCUUCCUGCACAGCUAAUACCAUAAAUUCAAUUUGAUGGAAUCAUACAGUAUACAAAAAUGUAUAUAAAGAUAUUUGAUUUGUCUGUAAUAUGCUGGAAACAAAUAUUGUUUGGUAUAUAAUAUAAAUGAUCAGUAGUGGUGGAUGUAACAAUACCCAGUGACCACAAUAUUAAGAAGAAGGAACAUGAGUGAAGGAGGAACUAGAAACAUGUGGAUAGUUGAGGAGGAGGAGUAGUAGUCCCAGUUGUGAUAUUGAUACUCUGGGAUGUAACCCCAAAGUUGGGGGCGUGGCUUCAGCAGAUUUCAGGUGGAAUGUCUGAGAUCUCUGUCCAGAAGAGUCCAGUCCAAGGGCUGGAAAGUCCACAGGCUUCUAGCCCUUGGAUAGAGGUUGCAAGAAUGAAAACUACAGAAAACAUACCACCUGGAGGUACUAUAACUUGCAAUGUAUAAUACUGGUUAACCUGACUGGUUUCUCAUUUUAUAGGUACAUGGCCCCAGAGGUUCUUGAUGACUCCAUAAAUAUGAAGCAUUUUGAGUCUUUUAAGCGUGCUGAUAUCUAUGCAAUGGGAUUGGUUUUCUGGGAAAUUGCCCGUCGCUGUUCCAUUGGUGGUAAGUAAAGUUUUGCUGGUGCACAUUUUAAAGGGAUGUCUAAGUUAAACAUUUAUAUUUGUUUUGCACUUGAACAAGGCAAUUUAAAUGAAACAAAUUCAAAGCUGUGAAUAUCCAUCCCCUUUCUUUUCCCCAGCAGAAACUUGCUUGUUCAUGCUCUGCAGUGUCCAAUCAAAUGCUUCUCAUAGUAGAGAAGCAUUGUGGACACAUUGAGCACAUGUUGAUGCUAUAAAAUGUAAAUGAAAAUAGAUAUUGGUUACAUUAUAUAAUAUUAAAUAUAUACUAAAUGUGUGAUUUAUGUGGACUGUUUACAAAUGUAUAUACACAAAUCACAUUCUCUCAAUCAUGACUGGUGAAAGGAUUAUUAACCUCCAUUUUGAUGCAUUGUUUAAGCCUGUUGCGUCUGCUACACGGUGUGAGAAGAGAUGUUUCUGGCUAGCUAGCUCCAUGCUUUGAAUGCAACCCUCUCUCACUCUCUCCCUACUGACAGAUCUCCGCUGCAGUAUCAUCCGUGUAUGAACUCAAAACACUCUUCCCCAGGCAGGCAGUACUGUCUGAUACUCUGCUAGAAACUUUGUUAGAAAAAUGUGAAAAAAACCCAAAACACUGAAACCCAGAAGAAAGGAAUCCUUAUAUGCUAAAUUAGUAUUUAUUUUCUGUUAACACUUUUUUUUUUUUCCACUUUUUUUUUAAUAAAAUGUACAGGAAUCCAUGAGGAUUAUCAACUCCCUUAUUAUGACCUUGUACCAUCUGACCCAUCUGUAGAAGAAAUGAGAAAAGUGGUCUGUGAGCAGAAACUAAGACCAAACAUUCCAAACAGAUGGCAAAGUUGUGAGGUAAGCAACUCCUUAGUGAUUGUGUAAAGAAAAACGAUAGAAAAUGACGGUUCUGAUCCUCUUUACAUUUAUCUGAAAUAGCAUCUACUUUAAAUUAAGACAGGUGGUUCAAUUAGUGCAUCAAGAUUAAAUUGUUUGGAGCCAUUUAAUUCUGUAACUAAACUUUUAAUAUUUGGGUAUUAGAGGAAUGAAAUAGUGGUCUAAUGAGAUGCUCAGACUUUUCUUUCUCUCAGAACUAUCAUUAUAAAAUUUAAAUGCAGACCAUUAUUAUUGAUUCACGAGCCACAAAGUUAUAAACCUAGGGAUUUGAAGGGUGAUGUAGCCCCUCAAAAUGGAUUGUUAAAUAAUAUAAAUAUAAAUUAAUGUUAUAUUUAUUAAAGGACCAGUUCAGCUCAAUGAAGUGGUCUGGGUGCCAGGUCUCCCUAGUUUUAACCCUGCAGCUGUAAGCAUAGCAGUUUAAGAGAAACUGCUAUGUUUAUAUUGAGGUUUAAUCCAGCCUCUCGUGGCUGUCUCCCUGACAGCCACCAGAGGCCGCUUCCGCAAUCCUCAGUGCGAAAAUCGCAUUGAGGAUAGGCUGGACGUCCAUAUGAAAGCAUUGAGUAAUGCUUUUCUAUGGGUGGUUUUAAUGCGUGCGCGACUAUAGCCACGCAUUUGGAGUGGACGUCGGCAGGGGGAGCGCCGAGGGAGCCAUGUGCUGGAUUAAGGUAAGUGGCUGAAGGGGUUUAAACCCCUUCAGCCCAGCGGGAGGAUGGUACCUAAUCAGUGGUGUCUCUAGGAUUCCUUUUUAGGUGGGCCAGGGACAAAAGUAGGGGGAACAUUUAACCCCGCCCUUGCCGCAGUUUGACUCCGCCCCUGACACAUGUUAAGUCCACACACACACUGCUGAGUCCAGACACACACACACUGCUGAGUCCAGACACACACACACUGCUGAGUCCAGACACACACACUGCUGAGUCCAGACACACACACACACACACACACACACACACACACACUGCUGAGUCCACACACACAGACUGCUGAGUCCACACACACAGACUGCUGAGUCCACACACACAGACUGCUGAGUCCACACACACAGACUGCUGAGUCCACACACACAGACCCACCCACACUGCUGAGUCCACACACACACACACAGAGACUGCUGAGGCCAGGCGCGACCGUGCGCGCACACAGACUGCUGAGGCUAGGCGCGCGACCGCGCGCGCACACAGACUGCUGAGGCCAGGCGCACACUGUUACAGCCCGAGGGAAUUGAAUGUAAACACAUGGACAGCAAAGGGGGCCACAGCAUGAUGUGGGGGGCCCAAAGGGUUAAGUCCACACACACACACACACACACACACACACACACACACUGCUGAGUCACACACACACACCACACACGAGUCCACACACACACACACACACCGCCGAGUCCACACACACACACACACACCGCCGAGUCCACACACACACACACACACUCAGCUGAGUCCACCACACACACACACACCGCCGAGUACACACACACACACACACACCGCUGAGUCCACACACACACACACACACCGCUGAGUACACACACACACACUGCUGAGUCCACACACACACACACUGCUGAGUCCACACACACACACACACACACACUGCUGAGUCCACACACACACACACACACUGCUGAGUCCACACACACACACACAGACUGCCGAGUCCAGGCGCGCGACCGCGCGCGCACACAGACUGCCGAGUCCAGGCGCACACAGUUACAGCCCGAGGGAAUUGAAUGUAAACACAUGGACAGCAAGUUGCCGGCGUUUGGGGGGGCCCAAAGGGGGCCACAGCAUGAUGUGGGGGGCCCAAAGGGUUAAGUCCACACACACUGCUGAGUCCACACACACUGCUGAGUCCACACACACACACACACACACACACACUCUGCUGAGUCGACACACACACACUGCUGAGUCCACACACACACACCCACACAGAGACUGCUGAGGCCAGGCGCGCGACCGCGCACACACAGACUGCUGAGGCCAGGCGCACACUGUUACAGCCCGAAGGAAUUGAAUGUAAACACAUGGACAGCAAGUUGCCGGCGUGUGGGGGGCCUUGCCCUCCCCCCCUCCCUCCUAGUGACGCCACUGUACCUAAUAACCCUAUAGUGCCAGGAAAACAAGUUUUGUUUUCCUGGCACUAUAGUCCUCCUUUUAGUAAAUUUAACAGAAUUAUAUCACAGUCUCUAAUCAGGAAAUUCAGGACUUGGGGGUCAAUAAAUGUAUUGCUAGCAUUUUCUUGUAUUAGGAGUCACAAGGUUCUGAUUUAUUAGGUUGCAGCCCUGUUUUGAUUCUCUUUGUAUUCAGACAAGCAAUAAUACUUGCUUCAGUGGGUAUAAUUUAACUUAAAUCUUUCACAUAUUUCUUCUUUUAAUCCUUCUUAACUAAAGGAAUUAACCCAUGCAUUAUAAAUGAUUAUUAAAUUAUGCAAAAUAAGUACCAUAAUAGACGUAUUAAAGGCACUUAAACAGCAGCACCUGCACAGAGAAGUAUUACAGUUGAGCAGAAAGAAUGUUCAACAGUAGGAGGCUUUUCAUUUUAUCCACAUUAUACUAGUGCCAUAAACCAGGUUCUAGCAGGAGUUUAUGGAAUAUAUUAUCUGCAAGCCAUGGUUAUGCUCUUCUAGGAUAAAGGGAACUACACAGUAAUCUGAUAAUGAAAAUAUCUUCCCUUUUGUCAGCCUGAGGUUUGUCUGCGUGGCGGUGAGCUGUAGUUUAUAUUGGUGUUUUUGCUGAAUUUCAGUUGUUUAAGUUUUUACACAUGGAAAUCUUUCUUACAAUAUAUUUUUUCUUGGCAGUCAUUGAGAGUUAUGGCCAAAAUCAUGCGUGAGUGUUGGUAUGCCAAUGGAGCGGCUCGACUUACUGCGUUGCGCAUCAAGAAAACUCUCUCACAGCUAAGCCAACAAGAAGGCAUAAAAAUGUAAUGCAUCCUUUGGACCUGAAAUGCAUCAGCAACUUCUUUACUUGGUUUGCCUCAUUAGAGGAUACAUUGUUCUACCUCGUUGAGGGAACGGACUAACUGCUGCCUAUUUGAAGUCAUAGGAUGAAAUCUAUGCUAUUUGUGUACAUUCAGGAAUGAGAAACUGCUUUGGUCCAGGUUGUAUACUUGGAUCACCAUCUUCCCAGGACAAUUUUGUAGAUGUGUAUUUAGUAUUGUUUCUAUUAACAAAAUGGUAAAAAUGAAUAUGCUGGUCUUAACAUUUUAUGUUUUCUUACCUCCCCCUAUUUAAACUGCUGGAACCUUUGAAACUAUUUCAGAUAAGCUGUUUGAAUUUCCUUUUCUUUUUAAACAAGAGUCUAUUUUCUCCUUGGUCUCAAGAUACUAACUAUCCAAAGCCUUUGCUAAACAUUUUGUAGAGGUUUGUUAUGAGCACCUGUGCACAUCCUACUUUUACAAAAAAGAAAAAUACCUCAUCCAUUUGGGGAUAUCAUUUAUGCAAAUCAGUUUUUAUACACUACAUGCCUUCAGAAUUAAUUGUAUCACCAGUAAGUGCCACAUACAGUAUAUUAUUUUUACACCAGUUCGUAAGUUAUUAUGCAACAUUUUGCUUAGUGUUUUUUUUUUGUACAACAAACAAAAAAUGGAUAUUGGUUUGAAAAAUAUAUCUUUCUGACAGUUAAUCAUUCUUCUGUGACAAUAUUUCUUCAACUAUUUGUAUUAUAUAUCCUGUUGGCAUACGCUGACAACAGCACCCUCUAAUUUCAAAAUUAAAUUUUUACAGAUAGCCUUAUCCUGUUUUCCACACAUCAUUCCUAGAUUUGGCUUCCUAUGCACAAUCAGUGGUUGAUAGUUCCAAUCAUGUGUAGACUGCCAUGGGAGGAGACCGGUUUUGUUUUUGCUUUUUAAUGUUUUAGGUUAUAUGUAUGUAUGUAUGUAUGUAUAUAUGUGUGUAUGUAUGUUACCUCUACUGAAAGGCAGAGAGGUGAUAAAGUCAUUGCAGUUCUGUGGAGGUUUAUUAGCGCAAUAAUAGCGCUAUAAUAGUGAAAAGCAGGGAAAAAACUGACCUCCCUACCUAUGACCUGCAACACCAAC